UGAGGAGGGUUGACUUCACUCUAGAGUCUGACAAAAACACGCGUGGAACGCACAGUCAUGUUGCAGCGCAGCAUUUUCCACACAGCUCUUAAACACUUUUUCACAGGGGGUCCAGAGACCCGCAGAAGUCUGCCAUGCGGGCUCCUCUGUGCGUUUCGGUGGGGACCCGGGCUCUUCUGGCACAGGAGCAAAUCAACAGGUCUCCCAGAUGUAAGGGAGCGGACUCUCGUUGCCAUAAAGCCAGACGGAGUUCAGCGUCGUCUUGUUGGACAGAUAAUCCAGCGGUUCGAGCAGCGAGGUUUCAAGUUGGUGGGCCUGAAGAUGCUGCAGGCAUCUCAGGAUGUCCUGUCUGAGCACUACUGUAACCUGAGGACGAAGCCUUUUUAUAACAGUCUAGUGCGUUACAUGACCUCAGGACCUCUGGUUGUGAUGGUAUGGGAAGGGCACAAUGUUGUUCAGACAUCGCGGACUAUGGUGGGACACACUAAUCCAGCUCAGGCCCAGGCAGGGACUGUCAGAGGGGAUUUCAGCAUUCAUGUCAGCAGGAACGUGAUCCAUGCCAGCGAUUCAGUGGAGGGUGCUGAGAAGGAGAUCCAGCUGUGGUUUCAAGCCAAAGACCUUUUGGACUGGAACUGCUGGGACCAGAUUAGCACUGGCGAGCUGUGAAUCGAAGGAAGUGACAGUUAGAUUUACUGCCUCUUUUCCUGCUGCUCAGUGGUCUGUCACUUCAGAUAUUGUGACCAAAGGUGACUGAAAAACAUGAGCCAUAUUCAAUGAUCUAUCUCAGUGAUUUACCUCAGAAAUGCACUCAAACUAAACUGUUGAUGUUGUGUAAGAUUUUUUACGUGGAACAGCACGUGUUUUAAUCAUUUGUAAUUAACAUGUUUCUAACUAAUGGUUGAGUUACUUAAAAGUUUAAUAUGUAAAAUAGUAAACCACAAAGACCAUGAUUAUUGUUAAUAUUAUUAUAUAUUUUUUUAAAAUGUUGAUAUUUGAACCUCUCCUCUACACUCUAUCAUACAAAUUCUCUUUGUUAAAGCAAAUCUUUUCACACUCUAAAGUUACAACUUUUAUGUCCCUAUGUCCCAUUUAGUGUGUUGAUGUGUAUUUGGCAAGUUAUUUGGGAAAAAGCAAUUGAACUGCAGCCCACUUACAAAAUGCCCAAUACUGCUUUGUUUUUUGAGCAUGCCACUAAUGUCACAAGAAUGUCGCAUUUUAACCACUUUUUAUACAUCUGGCAAGAUUUGUUUUGAAGCCAUCAUUAUGUCAUGCACUAAACUUUAGUAAUAACAGAGAAAAAAAAAGGAUUGAAAUUAAACCAGAAGUAUGUUGUAAUAUCUACCGGCAAUGAUCAGAAUCUUCUUCCUUUAGUUUUUUUCCACACAAAAUGAAUGUCUAAGCUACUGCCAUAGGCAUUUGACCUUUUGCUUUAUUUUUCGUUAUUUCUGUCUUCUCAUUUAGAAGGUGACAUAUUUGUUCAUUAUAGGGGGUAGGACACAUUAAUCCAAAAAUAUAACCAUGCUAGUGUUUUUUUUUUAUUCCUGCCAAAAAUGUUGUCAGGACAUUUUUUCACAUACUGAUCCCUGCAAAAUAAGACGUGGAGAAAUUGUUGUAUUUAGUGCUGAAGGCAAGUAAAACAAAUAAAACCUUAAAAAUUACUUUUGCAUAGCAGGGGUCGAUGAGGUUGAAAAGUUGCAAUUAGAUGAAAUAAUCUGCGAUAUGUAAAGUUACAAGCUGUCAGCCGAACAUUUCUCCGUAAUCAUGGCCAUUAUAGGCCCAAUUUUCAUUUUUCACCAUGUCACCUACUAGCUUAAAUCCUCCUUAAGACAUCCCCUCCCCCUUCAUUUUUUCUUGUAUGCAUUUGUUUACUUGUCGUUCUAUGACCUCUCUGAUAUAGAUAACUGCAGCGGCACAUUUGUAAACAUUAUGCAUCAAAAUAUCUAAAAUGAGUAAUAAAUACUUAAGGUAGAUGCAUCUUUCCACCUGUGAUGAUAUUAAGACGCCAAAUAAGGACAAGGUUACACAAUCUGGAUAGAGUAAUCUGAAAGGUCAUUUGUUGUGUACACAGUAAAAUUUGACCUCUAGUGAAUGUUAUUUGUAAAACUCAGGUGAAGCAACAGUAUGUUCACAUCAUGUUGAUUUACCUUCUUCUGUAACUGAAUGUGUGUUUUUGCAUGUGUUGACAUCUGCAGGGUCGCCUCGAAUCGGUUAUUUCAGAUCAAACAUGUUUAAGACCUUGUCAGAACUUAUACCAAUGACUUGGAAGAUCAUGUUGAACUUAGUUUGAGAAAGUAAUGAUUUAGAAGAUUUGCCAUUCUUCAAAUAAACAUUACAAAUAUGUUUAUUACCUCUGUUGAUGGGUACUGAUACAAAUAUUCAGUUUAUGUAUGUUUCUAUGUUGUACACAAUAGUAAAUGGAGCAAAUAAUCAUUUUUGCUGUCUUGAAAACAAGAGAAAAUUAAUACUAAUGUUUUUUUAAUGUGAUAUGUUUGUACAUUUAGACUGAAACAUGUGGCUGUACAAAGUGGCAUAAUAAAAAUAAAUGGGAAAUAAACAAACAGAAAAGUGGAUAAUCUGUGGCAAACCCAGAGGAUUUAUCCGUUUUUUUUGUGUUUUACGGACAAAUGUAAACAUUUUACAUUUGUUUGUCUCAUUUUUUAUUUUGCAUUGUUAUUGUCCACAUAUUAGCUUAAAGGAUAUGAAAUAAGACGUUAACUAUAACAGAAUCAAAACUGUAAUUGUGAAAGUUUAUUUUAAAAAAACAUGAAAUUACUUUUUCUUUUUCAUGUCAGUGCAAUUAUUAGUCUGUUUCAUUAAAACAUUUAUGUAACCUUCAUGUACAAUAUGAAUAAAGGCUUACUUCUGUUC